AUGGAUACGGGAUGGCAGCGAUCAUAUAUCUUGAAGGACACCGCUAAAGAACUAGGUUAUGUUCCAUUUAAAACAGUAACAAUCACUCAUGCUUUGUUUGGAGGACAGAAAACAGAGGAGAAAUCUCAUAAUUGUUAUAAAAUUAGAAUCGGCGAUAACAAUUAUAAUUGCACCAUGGAAAUGUUGGAUCAAAAUCAUAUUUGUAGCAGUAUCCAGCCAAUACAUUUCGGUGAGUGGAUUGAAGAAUUGAAGGCGAAAAAUAUUCAUUUGAGCGAUGUAGGCAGUCAGGGACCUAUAGAGGUGUUACUCGGAGCCGAUGUAAAUGGAAAAUUAUAUACUGGCCGUAGACACUUGUUGAAAUCCGGACUAGUCGCUGUAGACACCUUGUUGGGUUGGACUUUAAUGGGGAAAGUUCCUAAUGCGGAGAGAAGUACGAAUUUAGUAAGCAUGUCCAUGUUAGUCAAAGAUGCGCCUAUUUCCAACUUAUGGGCACUGGAUGUGUUAGGUAUUACCGAUCCGGCUGAGACGAAAAACAGACAGGAAUUGGCUUUAGCGGCAAAGGAAAUGUUCCAGCAAACGGUUAGAGUUAAUGAGAUGGGCAGAUAUGAAGUACGACUUCCAUGGUUAGAAGGUCAUGCCCCGUUGUCGAGAAAUUACUAUGUUGCGAGAAGAAGAUUACAUUCGACUACAAAAAAGUUGAAAAGGAACCACAUAUUGGAAUCAUAUGACCAUGUUUUCCAAGAAUGGCUUCAGGAAGGAAUCAUAGAAGAGGUACCCAAUAACGAGUUAGGAAACGAAGCUGCUCACUAUUUACCACAUAGAGCCGUAAUCAAAGAAAACAGCACUACGAAGAUACGGCCUGUGUUCGAUGCAUCUUCAUGUGAAAAAGGAAAACCUUCACUGAACAGUUGUUUAGAAACUGGACCCAAUUUGAUAGAAUCUAUCCCUUCAAUACUGUUGAGAUUCAGAUUAAAAAAAUCCAACAGAACUGGUACAUUUUACUCCCCAGAAACAAUAGAUAAAUUGUCUGAAAGCUUCUACGUCGACAAUUGUGUUACGAGCCUGGAAGACGAAGCUUCAUUGAACCGCUUUAUAAGUGAGUCCAUCGCUGUUAUGAACGAAGGCAGUUUUGAUCUCAGAGGGUGGGAGUACACACAAGGAAAAGAUGCCUCAACGGAAGUUGAGCCUAUAUAUGUGCUUGGAUUGUCUUGGUAUCCGAACAACGAUGUGUUAGCGAUCACUAAAAAUUGCAUCGAAGCGAGCUCUGGGGAUCGAACGAUAACCAAAAGACAGAUUCUUUCGAUGGCACAGAAGGUUUUCGACCCUAUUGGCUUCACUUGUCCUACAUCUUUAUACCCCAAACUAUUAUUACAGAAAACAUGGAAGCAAAAGCUAGAUUGGGACGAUCCUGUAGAUGAAGAACUUAAACAUGAUUUUUGUGCGUGGAAUAAAGAGCUCGAUUUGUUGACAUCCAUCAGAAUACCUAGAUGUAUUAAGUGGGGACUAGGAAAUAAUAGAAGAUUUAGCUUACAUGUACUCUGUGACGCGAGCAAAGAUGCAUACGCAGCAGUAAUUUAUUUGAGAAUAAAAAAUCCUGACCGAGUUUAUGUAAAUUUGUUGACGGCCAAAGCUAGAGUAGCUCCUUUAAAGAAAACAACAAUUCCGCGAUUGGAAUUGUUAGCAGCCACGAUUGGAGCUAGACUCUUCCAUAGUGUUAGAGCUGAAUUUAAACGAGACAUGGAAUGUUAUUUUUGUGAAUACUUGGGACAACUAAAGCUCGCGAAUAAUAAAGCACCUUCGAGACCUAUUUUUUUAAAUGAAGUAAUUCUUGUUGGAAACGAUAAAACGAAGAGAUUGGACUGGCCAUUAGGACGAGUUAUCGAAUUAAUCACUGGUAGAGAUGGUAAAAUUCGUCUUGUUCGUCUUCAAACCGCUUGUGGCCAACUUAUACGCACGAUACAAAGAUUAUACUCUCUGGAGGUAAUAGAUCAAGAGAUUCCUGCCAAUCAAAAAUAUGAAGAAGCUAGUGCUAGUGCGGGAGUGAAAACCAAAAGCAGAGUACCCGAAAACAUCUCCAGAGAAAGUGCGGGAGUGAAAAGCAAAGUACUUAGAAGUGAUAAAGAUGAAUCCAUCAAACUUAAAUUUAGUCGAAGUGGACGUAUAUUAAGACCUCCUAAAAGGUUCCCUUAA